AUGGAUCAAGUUAGGAAAGCUAAAGCCCUGAUAGGAUUAAAUCUCUCCAGGGCAACAAUAAAAGGUAUGUUGGAGACAAAAGGAAGACGGGAGAAUGUGGGACCUCUCCAUAAGGAAACGGGAGACCUGGUUACCUGGAAUGUGGAGAAGACUGAGUGCAAAGUUCUUACACAGAAUUUUGUGUACAGGGGUCAAGUUCCUGCCGAGGCAGAAGUGAACUACUUAGGGGUGGCCAAAUCACUGGAAAUGUAUGGAGUUGAUCUUCACCCUGUUUAUGGUGAAAAUAAAUCUGAAUAUUUUUUAGGAUUAACACCCAUAGGAGUUGUUGUCUACAAGAAUAAAAAACAAGUAGGAAAAUACUUCUGGCCUAGAAUUACAAAAGUUCACUUCAAGGAAACGCAGUUUGAACUUAGAGUCCUUGGAAAAGAUUGCAACGAAACUUCCUUCUUUUUUGAAGCACGUAACAAGAUCACAUGCAAACAUCUCUGGAAAUGCUGUGUAGAACAUCAUACGUUUUUCAGAGUGCCAGAGAAUGAAUCAAACUCUCUGUCUAGAAAAUUCGGCAAGUUUGGAUCCAUAGGUUAUAAACAUCGGUACAGUGGCAGGACAUCUUUGCAGAUGACCAGAGACCCUUCCGUGCAGCUCCCGCGGCCUGACCAGUGCAUUGAACGAAGUCGCAGCAAGACUUAUCCCAAAAGAACACAACAGACAGGAUCUAAGAACAUGAGUCAGAUUACAACAAAUGGGGAAAAUGAAGGAACUACCAGAAUUAUUGCACCUUCCCCUGUGAAAAGCUUUAAAAAGAUGAAAAAUGAAAACAGUCCAGAAACCCAAAGAAGUAAAACAAGCGCACCGUGGGAGGAAAAUGGCCCACAGAGUGGACUGUAUAAUUCUCCCAGUGACCGCAAUAAAUCACCAAAGUUUCCUUACUCUCGGCGGCGGAACCCAUCGGGUGGCAGCGAGAAUGAGUCUGGGCAGCCAAUCCGGAGGAGAUCACGGUCUCGCUGUAACACCAGCAGUGGCAGUGAAUCAGAAAAUUCCAACAGAGAGCAUCGGAAGAAGAGAAACAG